AAUGCCAGUUCAGUGGAAUUUGAUUGGCCUAACAAAUAUGCGCUGCAAGCAUCCAGUAAGCUGCUGAAACAACGUCGUCCUCACAAUUCUUCCCCCAAUCCACACUCCCUCCCAAACCACACAAACGGACAAACCCAACCCGAAACCAACGGAACAAAACAAGAAGCCACCACCGCAAGGUAGCCGUGGCUAGAGCAGAGAGGCGAGCGCACGUGCCACCAGCUAGCAGCAAUGGCCGCCGCCGCCGCCACCACCUCCUCCCACCUGCUCCUUCUCUCCCGCCAGCACCGAUGCCGCCUCUCCUUCCUCGGCCAGUCCAGAAGGCCCGCAGGCAGGGUCACGUCCCCGCAGGCGCCGGCCGCUAAUAACGUGCGGUGCAUGGCGGCCGUGGACACUGCGUCCGCCGCGGCGACGGAGACGACGAGCCCGAAGUCGAGCAGCUACGAGAUCGUGACGCUCACGACGUGGCUGCUGCAGCAGGAGCGCACCGGCGCGAUCGACAACGAGAUGACCAUCGUGCUGGCCAGCAUCUCCACGGCGUGCAAGCAGAUCGCCGCGCUGGUGCAGCGCGCGCCCAUCUCCAACCUCACGGGCGUCCAGGGCGCCGUCAACGUCCAGGGCGAGGACCAGAAGAAGCUCGACGUCGUCUCCAACGAGGUGUUCUCGAACUGCCUCAGGUCGAGCGGGCGCACCGGCGUGAUCGCUUCGGAGGAGGAGGACGUGCCAGUAGCGGUGGAGCAGAGCUACUCCGGCAACUACAUCGUGGUGUUCGACCCUCUCGAUGGCUCCUCUAACAUCGACGCCGCCGUCUCCACCGGCUCCAUCUUCGGCAUCUACGCCCCCAACGACGAGUGCCUCGCCAACGUCGAGGACAAUGAGACCCUUGACUCGGUGGAGCAGAGGUGCAUUGUGAGCGUGUGCCAGCCGGGGAGCAACCUGCUGGCCGCCGGCUACUGCAUGUACUCGAGCUCGGUGAUCUUCGUGCUCACCGUCGGCACGGGGGUGUACGUGUUCACGCUGGACCCCAUGUACGGCGAGUUCGUGCUGACGCAGGAGAAGCUGCAGAUCCCCAAGGCCGGCAAGAUCUACGCCUUCAACGAGGGCAACUAUGCGCUCUGGGACGACAAGCUCAAGAAGUACAUGGACAGCCUCAAGGAGCCCGGCGACUCAGGGAAGCCUUACUCCGCGCGCUACAUCGGCAGCCUCGUCGGCGAUUUCCACCGCACUCUGCUCUACGGAGGCAUCUACGGGUACCCCAGGGACAAAAAGAGCAAGAACGGCAAGCUGCGGCUUCUCUACGAGUGCGCGCCCAUGAGCUUCAUCGUCGAGCAGGCCGGUGGCAAGGGCUCUGAUGGCCACCAGAGGAUUCUUGACAUCACACCUACAGAGGUCCACCAAAGAGUGCCUCUGUACAUCGGGAGCGUGGAGGAAGUGGAGAAGGUGGAGAAAUUCCUGGCUUGAAUGUCCCUGCUCGAUGCCAGAGCUAUCUGAUCAGAUGAACUCCCGAAGACAAACAAUGCAGUAUAUAUUGUAGAUUUUUCUUUUGUGAUGGGGAAAAAUCCAUUUUGAAGAAAUUACGUUCUGGAGUUGUGAUUUGUUAAGUCUAUGUCUAACUAGAUCAAGUUAUAAGGGGAUGUGUGUUUCCUCCGUCCCAAAAUAAGUCUUCAUCUCGUAUUUUGAGAAAUCAGACAAUCUCAAUUUUGGUCAGAUAUAAUAUAUAUAUAUACACUUGGCUAAUGUU